CCGACAUUGAAACGAUAAGAGCAUAUGGAAAGUCAUGGGCUGAACGACUUGCGUGUCCAUUGGCGACAAGCUAGGUUGGCAUUGUUCCAUGCUGCUGACUUGGCUCCAACUUCACUGCCAUCCAGUAGCGCUGCAUUCGGCAAACCUCGCGUCGGUCUUAACAGGGUGCGCCCAGGUUGCGACACCUAAUCGCCAUGAAGCUCGAGACACAGGUCUUGUUCGCACUCGAUGACGAUGAUGGUGAGACCGGUGCAGCGCAUGAUGCUUGGGCAGGUCGUUCGUCGACGUCCGAAUCUGUGUCUGAUGCGAGGCCAUCGGACGGCGGAGCACCUCCUGUUAGUGCCGGGGCGGCACGAUACGGCACAGGGCUUAAAUCGACGGCAUCUUCACGUGAAGCACAAUUCGACCUUGACUCAGACGAGCUGGACGAUGCAGACCCGCUGUCAUUUCAUCCCCUCGAUGCGGCUUCGGCUGUUCUAGGAGGCAAUCGCGAGGGCAGGCAAAUAAGUACCUCAAUACCGCUCAUCGACCGAAUACCAGAUCGUCUGCAAUUGAGCAUGGAUGGUCUGGGUACCCCGAUCCGAGAAGGGCUACGCGUUGCUAGCAGGGCGGUGCCUGGCUGGGACGGCGAGGGCCUGCCAGAUUGGCUCAAAAGAGGGGCAGGGACAUUCGAUGGAACGGUAAACAUGGCAAACUCGAUUCUGGGUGCCGGGAUAGUCGGUCUGCCAUACUCGAUGCGAGAAUCAGGAUUCGUCGCAGGAGUCGUGCUCCUUAUUGGGCUAUCUUUCUUGACAGACUGGACGAUUCGACUGAUCGUUCUCAACGCCAAGCUGAGCGGGCGGCAGACCUACAUUGAAAUUAUGGAGCACUGCUUUGGCGGCAAUGGCAAAGCGGCCGUUUCCAUUUUCCAAUUCGCAUUUGCCUUUGGAGGCAUGUGCGCUUUCUGUGUUGUCAUUGGCGACACCAUUCCGCACGUCAUCGCAAGUGUCUUUCCCUCGCUGGAAGGCUCCUUCCUGGCCAACCGACAGUUCGUCAUCACCGCCUGCACGCUCGGCAUCAGUUACCCACUGUCUCUGUAUCGCAACAUCGAGAGUCUGAGCAAAGCCAGCGCUUUUGCCCUCGUCAGCAUGGUCCUCAUCAUUCUCACAGUCAUCAUCCGCGGGCCAGCCAUGCCUGCAGAGCUCACAGGUGACCCUAGCUUGCGCUUCACGAUUGUCUUUCCAAGUAAAAUCAUUCGCAGUAUCGCCGUCAUCAGUUUUGCAUUCGUCUGCCACCAUAACUCCUUGCUCAUCUACGGGAGUCUGAAGGAACCGUCCAUGGACAAGUUUGGCAAGGUGACACACUACUCGACGCUUAUCGCUGGCGUCGCAGCAACGUCCAUGUCGAUCGCAGGGUAUUGGUCAUUCGAGGACAAGACGCUCGCAAACAUUUUGAACAACUUUCCUGCCUCGGACACGAUGGUCAACUUUGCAAGGUUUUGCUUUGGUGCAAACAUGCUGACAACAUUCCCUUUGGAAUGUCUGGUGUGCCGCGAGGUGCUCGAAACCUACUUUUUCGCUGGAGAGUUCGACCAGCAACGUCACCUGAUUUUCACUUCAGCGCUUGUAGUCUCGAGCCUGAUCGUCAGCCUCAUGACGUGCGAUCUCGGCAUCGUUCUGGAGCUCACUGGCGGACUCAGCGCUACAGUACUAGCAUAUAUUUUCCCAGCGUUGUGUUACCUCAAGCUCAGCAACGACGCACACAAACAUGGCUUAGAGAGGCCUUUCACUAUACCAAAUCACCUCACAAGUGCCUCAAGCAACGGGUCCGCGAUGCCAUCGCCCAACGGCCGGCUGGGGCGCUCUGAUGGCUAUCAGCCGGCUUCCACGUAUGACGACGAGGACCGGGGUAUUGGCAGAGUAGACGACAUGGAAGGAGGGGCAGCAGCAGGGGGUGCAGGCGCCGAUCCAGACGAUACCAGCGUUGUAGAGGAUGUAGAUGAAGUCGAGCUGCCACUGCGGCCAGGAGCGAACAUCCGACACCGGCCUGCAGCGCAGCCACGCCGCUGGUGGGAGUCCACCAAGCCGCUUGCAGCUGUCACUGCACUAUUCGGCGUCGUCGUCCUCAUCGUAUCGGUUGUCACUGCGCUACGAGACGCGGCGAGCGGACGCGGGGGUGCCACGCAUCAGUGCUGA